UAAUCGAUCCCGAAUAUCAUAUGACACUGAUACGCAAACUCUUAGUGGAGGAAAGAUAUGUACCCGUACGCGUUUAUGAUUCUUUCGAAGCUAUUGUAUCCGGAGGAAUAGAAAUUUGUGGACUAAAGUCCAUGGUCAUAUCCCGCCGGCCAGCACAAGUUGAACCUGUACACGAGGAAUACAAGUUCAUUGCUUACCGCGAUCAUACCACGAUCUCCUUGGAAGAUGCAGUGCAAUUAUCGGUACAUAUCGCUCUUGAAUAUUACGAUUUGAAAAACGUCAAAGUGGUUGAGAUCGUUGAGGACGACGACAAGAUUCUGCUGGAGGAUUUAGUUACUCCAAUCGUUCACAUGGUUCUAAACAACUUGCCGUUAGUGCGACCUAAUCUCACCUUAAUUGCAAAGGAGAACCGAUUUGACAGCUCCUCCUUACCUCAAGGUCUAUCAGUCAUACAGCCUCACAAAAUAUUGAAUGGCGAUACGUUUUUAAUGGUCAUUGGCGUUGGGAUAUUGGCGAAAGGUGCACGUUCCUUAUUAUCCAAUGUAAUGGCUGGUGGUUUUCUAUUUACUCGAGAGGAUCUCAACGUCACAUAUGACAACGAGCUACUGCAACAGUACAAUUUAAAUAUCAUUUUGAAAAAACGCACAGAACGAGAAACAGUGCUGCUUUUGAGAAAGGCGGAAAGCGCUAUAACGAGACGAGAAGUCAUACGUAUAAACAAUUACGAGUUUUCGUGGAUCGAUAAGCUCAAAUCUGCGAUGGACGCGGACUACGGGACGAAUUCAAGAAUAACACUCGUUGCUGAAGACGACUCUGUUUGCGGUAUAUUAGGGUUUGUAAAUUGUUUGCGAAAGGAGCCAGGCGGCGAAUCAGUUAGAUGCGUCUUCAUCCAAGAUAAGGACGCGCCCAAAUUCUCCUUGCAAGAACCUUUUUACAUGAAUCAGUUACGACUGGACUUACCAAUUAAUGUCUUACGUCCCGGAAAUAUUUGGGGCUCUUACAGACACUUAUCAUUACCGCCGCCGAAACUGAUACCUGUGCAAUGCGGUUAUGUCGCUCAGGGGAUUCGGGGUGAUAUGAGCACAUUCCGCUGGGUCGAAGGACAGGUAUCUCCCAAAAUUAAACGUGAAAAUGUUAUACAUACAAUUUACGCGACACUGAAUUUCAAAGAUGUUAUGAUAGCAACUGGCAAAAUGGCGUUGGAAUCCUUUCAAAUGAUUGGACGAGAUAUUGAUUCUUUCUUAGGCUUUGAGCUUGUUGGUUAUAAUGGGUCUAGACAGAGAAUGAUGGCAAUAUGUUCCGACAGAGGAAUAUCAAAUGUUGUAAUACAUGACCACUUUCUGUCUUGGGUUAUUCCCGAUGAAUGGACAUUCGAGGACGCUGCCACUGUUCCGUGUGUUUAUGCCACAAGCUGCUACGCUCUCUACGAGAAAGGAAAGAUGAAGAAAGGAGACAAAGUUCUCAUUCAUUCGGGCACCGGUGGCGUUGGUCAAGCUGCAAUCCACCUGGCACUUCACGAAGGAUGCGAAGUGUUUACGACAGUCGGGACUUUGGAGAAACGACAAUUCGUUAGAGAAACAUUCCCUUCGAUCCUUGACGAUCAUAUCGGCAAUUCUCGCGACACAAGUUUCGAACAAAUGAUCCUUGAGCAGACACACGGUCAAGGGGUAGAUAUUGUGUUAAAUUCCUUAGCUGAAGAAAAACUUCAGGCGUCUGUUCGAUGUUUGGCGAAAGGCGGACGAUUCUUAGAAAUAGGAAAAUAUGACUUGAUUGCCGAUAAUACCCUAGACAUGAAGAUUUUUGCAAAAGGCAUCAGUUUGCAUUCGAUUAUGUUAGACAAUAUAGUAAAUUCCAGCACGAAAAAUAACGAAAUUGUAUAUAAAUAUAUGCUGCAAGGCCUGAAAAACGGCUCGAUAAAACCACUCCCGAGGAAAGUGUUCGAAAGGACCGAAGUAGAAGCUGCCUUUAGAUACAUGGCAGCUGGCAAGCAUAUAGGAAAGAUCCUGAUAAAGAUACACGAUGAAAACGAGCCAUUAGGUCUUCCUGUUCUCGCUUAUCCACGAUUUUUCUGCAAGCUUCACAAGUCUUACAUCAUUUUAGGCGGCCUAGGCGGCUUCGGUCUGGAAUUAGCCGACUGGCUGAUUCUUCGCGGAGCAAAGAAUCUUCUUCUAACUUCGCGCACUGGGCUGCGUAACGGUUAUCAGCGCUCAAGGAUGGAACUGUGGAGAUCUUACGGGGUGAAUGUGCAAAUUAUCGCGGGUGCUGAUGCGUCCGAUCGCAAGGACUGUGCGUUCAUUUUGAAUUCUGCCGCUGAAAUGGGACCGGUGGAUGCUAUAUUCAAUCUUGCCGUGGUGCUGAAAGACUCGAUUUAUAAGAAUCAAACCGCUGAGUCCUUUAAAGAAUCAUUCAAGCCGAAGGCAAUGGCCACGAAGAUGAUGGACGAGCUAUCCAGAAAGAUGUGUCCUGAUCUCCGGCAUUUUAUCGUCUUUUCGUCCGUCUCGUGUGGCCGAGGAAACGCCGGACAAACAAAUUAUGGUAUGGCCAAUUCUGUCAUGGAGAGGAUAUGUGAGAGGAGAGUACAGGACGGAUUACCUGGGAUGGCUAUACAGUGGGGUGCGGUGGGUGAUGUGGGCCUCGUAGCAGAUAUGCAAGAGGAUAAUAAGGAACUGAUUAUCGGCGGUACUUUGCAACAGAAAAUUCAGUCCUGCCUUGAGUCAUUGGACACUUUUAUGAUACUAAAUCGACCGAUCGUGGGCAGUAUGGUCGUGGCUGAGAAGCGUGCGGAAUUAGCUGGAGUAAUGGAUAUUUUGGAGACCGUAGCUAGUAUCAUGGGAGUGAAAGACGUGAAAACGGUCGGACAUCGCACUCCAUUGUCAGAGAUCGGUAUGGACUCGAUGAUGGCGGUGGAGGUCAAGCAAACGUUGGAGCGAGAAUUUGAUGUUUAUCUCACAGCACAAGACAUUCGAAGUCUCACUUUCGAGAAACUCCACAAUAUGGCCAACAAAGACAAGCGUUUCGAGCAGACUGAAAUAUUCGAUCCGCCAGGUGAAAAAUUUUUGAUUCAUUUAUUGAGCAGUUUAGAUAUCGUACCAGAUGUUUGCUUGGAGAUGACUACAAGAAAUGAGGCGAGCAAAAAGCAAAUAUUUCUUCUACCAGGAAUCGAAGGUUGCGCAAGCAUAUUUAAUUCAUUGGCCUCGAAAAUUAAAAGUCCCGUUACAUGUUUGCAACACGGAGCAAAUAAUAUCCCCAUGAGCGAAUCCGUGCUGCAGUCGGCUGCCACUCUAAUACCUCAUAUAAUAUCGAAGAUAGAGAAUUCCGCAGAAUUCAUAAUAGUUGGGUACUCGUAUGGGACAUUAAUUGCUAUCGAGGUAAUGAGACUGUUGGAGGCCAGAAAUUUCACAGGAUAUUUAGUAUUAAUCGAUGGCACGCCUGACUAUAUGAAAACUAUGAAAGAACAUCAUUUUUCUUUCACCAAUCUCCAGGAGUUUCAAAACAAUAUUCUCCUAAAUGUUCUGGAUUUAUUUUACUCUAUCAAUAAUACAUCGAUUUUAAUACAAUUGUCCAAGCACGACACGUGGGAGAAGAAGUUGGAUGCUUUUAUCGAAUGUCUCCCAGACGAAAUUAUACCAGCGACUUCGGUUGAAAAUUACAGGACUUAUUAUACAACAAUUUAUAAGCAUCUGGUCGCUAUUCACGAAUAUAAUGCGUCUUUACUGCCGCCACUGAAAUCACAUAUAUUGUUACUAAAACCCACAAUGCCGUAUUUACUUUCUGCAGAUGAACAUGACGGCUUGAAUAAGAUAACCAAAGGUAACGUACAAGUCCGCUAUGUCGAAGGUAAUCAUCUCACGAUGUUGGAAAGCAAUGAACUUGCUGAUAUUAUUAAUGAAAUAUCGUCUUAAGCAAUUAAGUUUUAUAAUGUUGAAAAGUUCGCGAUUUUAAUUAAAUCGAAGGAGUUAAGGUGGAAAGUGAACAGGGAUACGCAGACAUUUAUUGUAAACAAAGCAAUGAUAAAAUCUAAUAAACUGGUAUAAACUGAUGUAAGCUUCUGUAUUCUCUUAUAAUUUUUUAUGGUAAAUAUACCGGAAGAGGGAACCUAUCUCCAUUGACCUUAAUUUCUACAUAUAUUUUCAAGAUUACCCUUCUUAAGCGCCUUUCAAAAGGCGCCGAGCCACC